CAUGUGGCCAAAGAGCAGUGGUCAACAUGGCUGCCACGUUCCAGCAUGCAAGAUUCGAAGGGACCCUCACGCCCGCGCUGCCGAACCCGCCAUCCUAGCUGUCAACGGCACAGGCCCCUAUCGCCAUGUAGAGAGCUCAUAUAGUGAAGAUGUUGAGACGAUAAGGGAGAGGGAAUAUCCACAAAUGAGCAAUGGCGUAUACCUCGACCACAGCGGAACAACCAUAUACGCCCGGUCCCUCAUAACCGCGUUCGCGGACAAGAUGAUGAGCAACCUGUACGGCAACCCACACUCGGCAAACGAGCCGGCCCGGCUAUCCGGGGAGAUGGUGGACGAGGUGCGCGAGCGGACGUUGCGGUUCCUGGGCGCGGACCCCAAGCACUUCGACCUCAUCUUUGUGGCCAACGCCACGGCCGGCAUCAAGCUGGUGGGCGACGCCUUCCGCGACCUCGGCGAGAAGACGUGGAGCGGCACAUUUUGGUACGGAUACCACAAGGACGCGCACACGAGCCUCGUCGGCGUGCGCGAGCUGGCCGGCGCCGAGGCCCGCUGUUUCAUGAGCGACGCAGAGGUCGAGCGCUGGCUCGGCGGAUCGGUGCCGUCCGAUGAUGGCUUUACGAAUUGGCAUCAUCACCGGCCAUAUCAGGGAAGCGGCCGGAGGCGCACCGCCGGGGGUGGGUUGGGACUGUUCGCCUACCCGGGACAAUCCAACAUGACAGGCCGACGGCUGCCCUUGGCAUGGCCUGGGAUGCUGCGGCGGUCGCGGCCGCAUGCCAACACGUACAGUCUGUUGGAUGCAGCGGCGCUAGCUAUGACGAGCUCCAUGGCGGCCGUGUUUGCCGACCCAGAUGCUGCACCCGACUUUACGGUCCUGUCGCUAUACAAAAUCUUUGGAUUCCCAGAUCUGGGAGCGCUAGUGGUGCGGCGCGACUCGGGUCACAUACUGACCCUGCGCAAGUACUUUGGCGGAGGGACGGUGACCAUGGUGUCCGCGGUCGGGGACGCCUGGCACAGGAGCAAAGGGCGCGAGGCUGUCGUGGACUUGCGGGCUAACGGCCAACAUCAACAUCAGCCCCAGCACGGCCGGUACCAGAUCCACGACGGUCUUGAGGACGGCACGUUGCCGUUCCACAGCAUCCUGGCGUUGGGAGAGGCGAUCGACGUCCACGAGCGGUUAUACGGAAACAUGGAGAACAUCUCGCGGCAUACCUCCAGACUCGUGGCCAGCCUGUAUGGUGGUCUGGCGGGGUUGCGACACGCCAACGGCGGGCCGGUGGUGCAAGUGUAUGUCGAGGGUGCUGAUGGCGCAAGGACGUUCGGCGACUCCGCAAGACAAGGAGCCACGGUGGCGUUCAACGUGCUUGAGGCGGAUGGCUCCAUUGUGCCAUACUCCCAGGUUGAGGAGUUGGCGAAUCGGAAAGGAAUAUACAUCCGGUCUGGUGGCAUCUGCUGCCCUGGUGGCAUGUUCACAGCCCUAGAGUACGAGCCCUGGGAGCUAGAGAGAGCCCUCUCUGCCGGACACCACUGCGGCUCUGGCAGUCAUGACCUCAUCAACCAGUUACCCACAGGUGUCGUCCGCGCAAGCCUUGGUCCGAUGAGCACCGUGCGUGACGUUGACAUGUUUAUUGAGUUUAUGCGCGACACAUUCGCUACACCACGGUGGCAGCAAUCGCCAGAGCUGGAAGACAUGCUGUUUCAACGCUAGCAGAGAAGAAGACGCCGC